AUGUCCAGCCUUCUGAUUUGCAGUAACAUGAGGGGAAAGUACUCGUCCUCCUGUGUGUCCUGUUCUGCUAUUUUGACCAUUGGUGGGCUGUAUUUCUCAAUUUUUCCUGCUACAAAUGUGUGCUUUGUGGUUUGUUUAAUGGUCAGCCAUGAGAAAAAGAAGAUUAAUUCAAAGCCACAGGAUCUUGACUUUCAAGAAAUACCUUUUAAGCUUCGUGAAAUAAUGAGGAGCAAGAUGGAAAUGCAAAACCCCAAGAAAAAGAGAAAACGUAUGCCAGAGAAACAAGGGCCACAAAAUGCAGAGCUUCAAACAGAAAUCCAAGUUCCUAAGUUCAAGAAGAGGAAGAGAGAGUCUGUUGGAGCCUAUCUUAAUCGUAUGGACCAGGAGACAAAGCAUGUCAUGUUCCUCAGCAAGAACCAACCGGACCGAGAGCCAGAGAACGAACUAGAUAUACCAGACGAUGGCACCACGAAAAACGAAAAAUCCAAGAAAAAGAAAGCGUUUGACAGGAGGAGGCUGGAUAAAAUUUUGAGAAAGAAGGAAGAAAAGCGAGAAAGUAUUCUGGAGAAGGAAAUGUUCAAAGAUGAGGUGAAGUUUGGGGAAGUCGUUAUGCAGCCUCCAUCUUUUACAUCCAAGCCAAGGAAGAGUGCACCUCAAUCCAAGGCAGGAGAGAAGUCUCUUCUCCUGAAAAAGCUAUUCGACAAAGGAAGUGCUGUGACUAAGGUCCCUACAAUAUCGCCCGCACGGCAGAGGCUGAUGGAAGAAGAGCGUGGUAGAGUGGUACAAGCUUACAGGGACCUGAAGAAGAAACAGCUGGAGCAGAGCGCAAGCAAUAAACAUUUGUAUAAAGCCAAAAGUUAAAUUACUAGAUUACAUUAUGGACAGAGAACUAUUGGACACGAGUGGCCCCAGUUGGGGUUCACAGUCUGACUUAUAAUGUGGUUUAAAACUACCAGGAAGACAUUGCUACCUGGGGGGUGGAGAAUUCUGACUUAUACUGCGAGUGGAAAUGUUGGUGAGCCUGAGUUCUACCUCUUUCCCCCCACCAGAAUUUCAUUAUGAAGUGAGAUCUUUUAUUAACCAGAUACUCAACUAAGUAAUUUGACUUUUACAGAGAACAAAAAAUGGCUUUUUAAUAUUGGUAUAUUCUUUAUAGAAGCUUUAAAAUCCCAACAUCCAUUGCUUGCGGUUCCUUGUGAAUAUAUGUUUAUAUGAAAAUUAAGAAUGGUAUUGUGAUAUUAAAUAAGCUUUUUGUAGUUUCUAGACUUUGCCACGUGAUAAACUGUGGGAAAGUCUUUUUGUAAAAAAAACAACAUCCCCAAAACAAUUCAGAAAGUUUGUUUUCUUUUUUUCUGUGUAGUUAGGGACAGUUACAAAUUAUCUCCUGAACCUACUAAAUAAUCACUGUGUAGCAUGUUUCUAGGUUGAAUAAAUUAUAGUAAACCAUA